AUGAGUGUUGUUUCUCCUACAAUCAAGACCACCGCCACAACUCGCUUGGUGACAGUCGGCGCCGGCUGCUUUUGGGGCGUUGAGAGAGUUUUCAGCAAAUACUUCAAAGACAAGGGUUUGGUUGAUUCCAAAGUCGGAUACGCCAAUGGUUUGAAAUCAGUUUCGCCACCAGUCAGCUACGAGAAAGUUUGCUCUGGCUCUACCAAUUUCGUUGAAGCCUUGCAAAUCGCCUAUGAGCCUUCCCAGGUGUCCCUACGCGACCUCUUGGACAUCUUCUUCAGAAUCCACGAUCCAACCACAGUGAACUCCCAGGGCCCAGAUGUGGGAACCCAGUACAGAUCUGCUAUCAUGACACACAGCGCCGAGGACUACCAGACGGCAAAGGAGGUGAGAGACUACUUCCAGAAAGAGUGGUACCCUAACCACAAGAUCGCCACCACCAUCGAGAACAUCGAGACUUGGUACGACGCCGAAGCAUACCACCAGAAGUACUUGGACAAGAACCCUGGUGGAUACGAAUGCCCUACGCAUUUCUUGAGAACGAAGCCCAAGGCUUAA